AUGUAAAAUAAUAUCACAUUAUCUGUGGACUAUAAAAUUCCUAUUCCUAUUUAACAUGGAAAAUAACGUUUAGUAAUCACUUUAUUGACAAAUGAAGAGAACAUAGUCCAAGUUUAUUAGUCAAUUGAUGAAGAACGAGCAAAAUUCAAUUCCUAAUUUACUAUAAUCAAUCUUAAAUUAAACCAAACUAAUUAAUAUCAGUAUCACUCUCUUAUAUUAGAUUGAUAGAUUUAACGAUGAAGUUUUUCAAAUCAAUAUUAUUGAUGAACAAUACCUAUCAUUUUUAGCAUAUGAAAAAGAUCAUUUAAUGUUUCUUAAUUAUAGAAAUGGAGAAUUUAAUAAUAAAUACAAAGGGUACUAAUAUUAACUUCUAUUUCAUCCAUAAGUGGAUCUAUAAAUUAAAGAAUAUAGAGAUUUAUAUUUUAAUCAAGCACUUUCUUAUUGUAUUAAUAAUAAUGCUUAUGUUGCUCUCUUAUGUGAUUUUAGAGUAACCAAUAAGAAAGAAGUUCUAGUAACAAUUUUGAAGAAUAACUAAAUUCUAUAAAUAUACAGUUUUUUUAAAGAUAAUGGAAGACUUGGUAAAAUGAUGCUAUUUUGUGUAAUUAACUUUAUUGAUACUAGUUAGAUUAAAAUUUUAUAGUUGCUCAAUCAAUAGUAGAAGCUUAAUAAUUAAAUUUUAUUAUUUUGAAUGAGGAGGGCUUUAAAGAAUAUACAUUAAAAUUAUAAAUCAAUGAAGAUACAAGCAUAGUUAAAAUAUUCUAUAAGAAAGGAUAUGUAAUAGAUUAAUAAUAUUUAAUUUUUUAUAGAUUAUAUUUUUAUUAAAUGAAAAUAAUUUUGGAAAUCCUUGGGUUGUAAUAGUGGAUUCAAAUACUUUAAUUUUGAAAAAGUGUAUAGAAUUAACAUUAAAGAUUGAUGAUAAUUAAUUUGCAGUAAUAUUAGAUGUAAAAGUGAUAUAAUUAUAUCCUUAGGCUUUUUUAUUGAAUUGUUAAUAAUUAUUUAUUUACUAUGAAAUGAAUAUUGAAGGAAUGUAUAAUGAAUAGUUUUUAUAAGCAGUUGAUUUUACAGAAGAUUUUUAGAAAUUCAUAAUUAAAGAUUAUAUUAGAUAUCCUGAAACAUCAGUUUCAAAUAUUGUGGCAUCAGAUUGUGGUUUUGUUACUAUUCCUAGAGCUGUAGAGAUUGGCAUAAUUUAAGAUAAUUAUUUAGAAUUUGAUGUUUCUCCUAUAUCUAUUUAAAAAGGUGAUACAAUAGAAUAAAAGAUUAUUAAAUUAAAUUAAGAAUCACAUUUAGUUUAUUAUAAUAGAUUACCUAAUAUUCUAUGUCAUGCAUAUCAUUUUAUGGAAAAAAGAGGAUUAUUUACAUAUAAUAGUGAGAAUGAUUUUUAAUAUAUUGCAGAAGAGAUAAUAAAGAAAAUUAUAUCAUAAAAAAAAAUGAAUCAAAUUUAAAUAGAAUGA